AACACAUAUGAACUAAUCAAGUAAACUAAACAUCCUGCCCGAUGGGUAGUCUCAAAAUCUUGUGUUUUCUGUUGUGUUUGAUGGUUGGGGGUGUAAGUUCAGACUUUGCGCAAGACAAAAAGCGAUGCCAGGACCAGUUGAUUGGUCUGUCGCCUUGUCUCACUUUUGUGAGUGGUGAUGCUAAGUUUCCGACCACGGCUUGCUGCGACGAGAUCAGGAAGGACCUGAAGAAAACGAGGUUGUGCCUGUGCGUACUGGUGAAGGACCGAAAUGAACCGGGGCUUGGGUUAAAGAUCAAUGGCACACUGGCCCUCAGUCUCCCUUCCCUUUGCCGUGCUCCUACUAAUGUCUCCGAAUGCCUUACGCUUCUGCACUUGCCUCCAAACUCCCCAGAUGCUAAGAUUUUUGAAGAAUUCUCCAGCAGCUCAGUAAGUGGCAAUAACACAAGCACAGGAGAUCUCAAUGCAAGUUCAAGCACAGCAUUGUUCAGAAAGAGAUGGAUUGAUCUGUUGCAGGCUCAUGCCGGGUUUUCCCUUUUGCUUCUGAUAGUCACCUUCAUCGGUGUUCUCUAAGAAAAAUAAAAAACUUGUACGACUUGUAUAAUAAGUUACAGGGAUGUCUGUGUUUACUUGAAUUCUCCAGUUUUUCAUUUCU